AUGCAGGCGCCGUCGCUGUACCUUCCGGAUGAUCUUGUACGAGAUAUUCUUCUAAGGCUUCCAGUAAAAUCUUUAUUGCGAUUCAAGUGUGUUAGCAAAUCAUGGCUUUCUUUAAUAUCAAACCACAAACUUGCCAUAACACACCUCAAUAAAACGUCUAAAAGGUCUCGCAGAUAUGGAGUCAUUGAAUCAAAACACUCUCAUCGUAUUUCUGUAUAUAGCCUUGACGGUAGUGGAUCAUCUGGUGAUCUUUCUUCAAUGAUAGUGGAAGCUAACGGAUUCAGUCAAGCCAAAAUAUUAGUACGUCUUGACAAGGAUCGGAGUGUCAUGAAGAAUAAUCGAUCAGGAUUCGUGAUAUGGAAUCCAGCAACGAGAGCUCAAGAUGAUUCCACAUUGGAGUUUUUGGUGUUAUUCUUCUAA